GCACAACAACAUAUAAUUAAAUUUUUAUUUAUUUAUUCAGUUGAUACCUUGAUGAGGAAGUAACACAAGAACAUAUUCAAAUAGAAUCAACAAUGAAAUUAAUUGAUUUUGUAACAGACCGCUUAACUAAUUAAAAAGUUAAGAUUUUAAUAUUUCAACACGAUUUGCAUAUGAAGUUUUUUUUUGUUUUUUUAACAAAGACUUUUCUUAAUUUGCUAUAAUCAAUGAGCCAUUAGAAGAGAGAAUUUAUGGCGGCUGAAUGAGAAAGGACGACGCAUGUAUCUGUAUCUCGAGGUGUAGAAUCAAAAUACGACACGCCGCUAAAUUCCACAGAGAAGAUAAUCAUAAAAUAUUAGUAUAAAAAGAGUAUUGGAUUGAUUCGGAGAAAGAUUCCGAUUGAAACAGAUCUCAGGGAAGAAGAAGAAGAAGAAGCAGAGAGAAUGGAUUCGGCGGAGAAGGGCUUGCUUGUUGUGAGCCACGGAGAAGAAGUAAACAAGAAAGAUGGGUUUUUGCGGGAAAUGAAGAGGCUUGGUUACAUCGCCGGUCCGAUGAUUGCUGUGAACUCGUCUAUGUAUGUUCUUCAGGUGAUAUCGAUUAUGAUGGUUGGUCAUCUCGGUGAGCUUUUCCUCUCUAGCACCGCCAUUGCUGUUUCUUUCUGCAGCGUCACCGGUUUCAGCGUCGUCUUUGGAUUGGCUAGUGCAUUGGAGACUUUGUGUGGUCAAGCUAAUGGAGCUAAGCAAUUCGAGAAGCUUGGUGUUCAUACUUACACAGGGAUUGUCUCUUUAUUUCUUGUGUGUAUUCCUCUGUCUGUGCUAUGGAGUUACAUGGGUGAUAUACUUUCUCUGAUUGGACAAGAUCCUAUGGUUGCUCAACAAGCAGGAAAGUUUGCGACUUGGCUCAUACCCGCGCUCUUUGGUUACGCUAUUUUGCAGCCUCUUGUUCGGUUUUUCCAAGCGCAGAGUCUGAUUUUGCCUUUGAUUAUGAGCUCAGUCUCUUCUCUCUGUGUCCACGUUGUCCUCUGUUGGAGCUUGGUCUUUAAGUUUGGUCUUGGGAGCGUCGGUGCAGCUAUUGCGAUCGGUGUUUCUUACUGGCUAAACGUGAUUGUUCUUGGAUUAUACAUGACGUUUUCUUCCAGCUGUAGCAAGAGCCGUGCAACUAUCUCCAUGAGUUUGUUUGAAGGAAUGGGAGAGUUUUUCCGGUUUGGAAUCCCAUCUGCGUCUAUGAUUUGCCUCGAGUGGUGGUCAUUCGAAUUUUUGGUCCUGCUCUCUGGGAUUUUACCAAAUCCGAAGCUAGAAGCCUCUGUUCUCUCAGUCUGUCUUUCAACACAAGCCUCCUUGUACCAAAUCCCAGAGAGUCUCGGCGCAGCAGCAAGUACAAGAGUUGCAAACGAGUUAGGAGCUGGCAACCCGAAACAAGCUCGAAAGGCGGUUUACACAGUGAUGGUUAUAACAAGUGUAGAAUCAAUAAUGGUGGGUGCAAUAGUCUUUGGUGCAAGAAAUGUAUUUGGUUACCUAUUCAGCUCUGAAACUGAAGUUGUAGAUUAUGUAAAAACAAUGGCUCCACUGGUUUCUUUAUCGGUCAUAUUCGAUGCCCUUCACGCAGUUCUCUCCGGUGUGGCUAGAGGAUCAGGGAGGCAAGAUAUUGGGGCUUACGUAAACCUAGCAGCAUACUAUCUCUUUGGGAUACCAACUGCUAUAAUAUUAGCUUUUGGGUUUAAAAUGAUAGGAAGAGGACUCUGGAUUGGGAUCACAGUUGGAUCCUUUGUACAAGCUGUUUUGCUCGGUCUUAUCGUCAUCCUUACCAACUGGAAAAAACAGGCGAGAAAGGCUAGAGAAAGAGUGAUGGGUGAUGAAUAUGAAGAGAAAGAAAGUGAAGUAUAUGAAUAGAUCAGCUAAAUCAAAGAGGGACAAUGAAAAGGAAUUCAGUCAUACCCUUUGCUUAUGACGGAUACUAUACAAGUAUCAGAGAAGAUGUACAUUGGAUUUCUAAUGGAGAAGAUGAAGAAGUGCAUUCUUUUCUUAUGAAUAAAUCGAAAGAGGGACUAUCCGGUUCUCCAUAAUAGUCAAUGGGUUCUUCCUGAGGAGAUAAUGCAACUGUUUGCCUAUCCUCCGGAUUAUGAGGUAAAACAAGGAAGAAGACAAGAAACAAGAUUCAUCUCCGUUGGAGAACAUAGAGGAAGAGGACGUAAGAAGAGGUCGCAUGGAUCGAGCGGUUUGGGCGAGUGGUUUACCAAUGAUGGUGACGUUGAUGGAGACGAUGCGGGUGACCAAGGUUGAUUUAUGAGUGCUAUUUAUUAGGAUAAUUUAAAAAACGAUAUUGUUUGUAUUGGUUUUGUUUAUGAAACUUAUAUGUUCUGUGUUGUACAAC